AUGCCCCUCUCCACCUACUACCCGCCAGAUUCGUCCGUGCCUUUGCCAUUCCCAAGCCCCGCGGGAGUAACUUCCACUCAGGCACCCUUCAAUCCAUCUCAAUUCUGCUUCGGCCACAGAAGGAAGAGGAGAAUUCUGUUUAGCCAGGCGCAAAUUUACGAACUGGAAAGACGUUUUCGCCAGCAGAAGUACCUCUCUGCCCCAGAAAGGGAGCACCUGGCGACCUUCAUUGGCCUCACCCCUACCCAGGUCAAAAUCUGGUUUCAAAAUCAUCGCUAUAAGACUAAAAAGUCGAAAAAAGAA